UUCCGGCUCGUUGUCUCAGUCGGACCGCAGUGGAGGAGCGUUAAAGCGUUAAAGAAAUGAAUGGGUACUAAAGCUGCACAUUUUGUCAUGAUUUAAGUAGAUAAACACGCGUGAAACAGGCCGCGGCUUCACCCAUGGAGUGUGACAUUUUGGACUCGCUAGAGCAGCUUGGCUAUGACGGCCCUCUGCUGGAGGAGAAGACGCUGCUCAGAGCCGCAGAGGGCGGCCUGCUGUCGCCCGAGUAUGUGGACCUCUGCAGGUGGCUGUCAGCCAGGUUAAAGCCGCUGUGUGACCUGGAAGAGAGCAUCACCUCAGGUCCAGAGGAUAUGGACAGCCUCCAGCUGGAGAUGAGUGGUCUGCUGAAGGAGCUGCAUUGUCCCUACGAAGUUUCAGGGAUUCUCAAAGGCACUGGGCAAAACACAAAAGAUCAUCUCAAGUUUGUCUUGUUUUUAAGCUCCGAACUUCAGGCGGCUCAGAUUGUGAGAAGCAGGCAAGUCUCUGAUAAACAAGACCAGAAUCCAGUGAAUCAGGAGCUCACUGCAGUCUGUGAGACACUGAAACUACCGGAGCCACAGGGACAGGAGACAGCAGGAGUUUUCUCUCAGGUUCAAAAUAAGGUUGAAAAGUUACUUAAAACUCUCCCCAGUGCCUCUGUUGGGAACCCAGUGCUGAAGAAAUCACUCAGUAGUGAACAGUGGGAAAAAUUACAAAGCAUCAAUGCAACUCUAUCGUCGGAGUACGAGUGUCGCCGCAGGAUGCUGAUCAAACGGCUUGAUGUCACAGUUCAGUCUUUUGGAUGGUCAGAUAGAGCCAAGGUGAAGGUGGACAGCAUGGCACGAGCCUACCAGCCUAAGAGACACUCUUUGAGGCCUCAGUCCUCUGUGGACAUGGCAGCACUGCUGGCUGCCAGAGAAGAUCUCUGCAAUGUGGUGAAGACCAGCAGUGGCUCCAGCAGGGAGAAGACUGCUUGUGCUGUCAACAAAAUCCUGAUGGGAAGAGUACCAGAUCGAGGAGGACGUCCCUCGGAGAUUGAAGCUCCACCUCCUGAGAUGCCUCCCUGGCAGAAAAGACAAGAUGGUGGAGGUGGUGGCCGGGGAGGACGUGGUGGUGGCGGGGGAGGACGUGGUGGAGGAGGCUGGGGACAAGGAGGACGAGGUGGUGGAGGAUGGGGGGGAGGAGGAGGAGGUGGUUGGAAAGGAGGUGGGUGGAAUCAAGGAGGACACAGCAGACAUGGAGAUUAUGGAGGACACAGUGGGCAUGGAGGAAAGAGAGGACGGUACCAGUAUUAGCUUCCUCUAAUUGUCUUUUUUAAAGUAGUACUAGUUUUUCAUAUGACCUCAACUGUUUUGUUUUUACGUCUGUGGAUGAGAAAACACUGAUGGGUGAUUGUCUGCAUUUAGUGGAAAAUUAGAUUCUUUUUAUUAAGUUUUACUUCUAUUUAAUCAGUGUUCAUUCUUUUUUUCCCCCUAUUCUUACCAGUGUUUACGUAAAAGUAGCAAUCACAACAUCAGUUUUCACUCAUAAUGGUGGCGCAAACAAAUACUGGGCCCAUAAUAUUGAAGCUGUGUUCUAAAUCGAGACUGCAGGUUUUGAUAAAAUGAAUUUCUAUGCUAACUCUGAAAUCCUACAUAGAGGGAUGUUUAGGUGUACAGUUAGUAUGUAGUAUUACAGGAAUGGAACACAUGCAUGCAUCUUGAACACUGCCUAGGACAAAUACCCAUGCUUCAGAACAAAGUACAAGUUUGUGAUUCUGCUACUUGUGCUUAUUAAAUAUGCACAGCUGGAAUAUUAAAAGACGGUUAGAUUGAAGGAUUAUUAUAAUUAUGACUACAAUCUGAAUGUGACCAUAGAUUAAGGAUAGUUCCUGGGUCUGUGUGGACUGGCUGGAACCACUUCUACCUGAGUACAAGGAGGACAACUACUAAGUCACACUGUAUUUCCAUAGGAGACUCCCGUUUUUAUUUUUUCCUUCUAGGAUCCUAGUUAUUUAUACCAUGAUGGGAAGCCCUUUCUGCUUGCUGUUUUUAAUUAAUAAAUCUUUCAAUUCUCAA